UGAUCAUUACCUCCUGGCUGACACUCUGGACCCAUCAUGGAGUCGGGAAAGCAGCUAACUGGUACAUUGGCCGUGGCCGUGUUUACAGCAGUUCUGGGGUCCCUGCAGUAUGGCUACAGUCUUGGAGUCAUCAAUGCACCACAGAAGGUCAUUGAAAAGAACUAUGGGCGGUCUCUGGGGGUGUGGUCAGAGAAGGCAGCUGUCCUGUCAGAAAACGGCACAGAAGAAGAAGAGUUCUCAGAGGCGGGACAUCACCCUGACGUGAUCAUGUAUUGGUCAUUGUCGGUGGCAAUCUUCUCCAUUGGUGGCAUGUUAUCAUCCUUCCUGGUGGGAUUUGUGGGAGACCUGAGAGGGAGGGUAAAGGGCAUGUUAAUGGUCAAUGUUCUGGCUGUAGCUGCUGGACUGCUGAUGGGUCUUUGCAAGAUGUGGAAACCUCACAUCAUGGUCAUCUCGGGUCGCGCUGUUAUGGGCUUUUACUGUGGGUUGACAUCUGGGCUUGUGCCUAUGUACAUUGGGGAGAUUGCACCCAAGGCUUAUAGAGGAGCUCUGGGAACAUUACACCAGCUGGCUAUUGUCAUUGGCAUCCUACUCAGCCAGGUAAUAGGUUUGGACUUUAUACUUGGUAAUGAUGAUAUGUGGCCCCUGUUGCUUGGGCUGUCUGGAGCUCCAGCAGUAUUACAAUCCUUUCUGCUGCCACUAUGUCCUGAGAGCCCACGUUACCUUUACAUUCUACUGGGCAAGGAGCAAGAGGCUAGAAAAAGUCUUCUUCGUCUAAAAGGGGCUUAUGAUCCAACUCCUGAUCUGGAAGAGAUGAGGAGAGAGAAAGAGGAGGCGGACAGGGAGCCCAGGGUCUCCAUCCUGUCUUUGAUCCGCUCCUCUGUGUACAGACAGCAGCUGAUCGUUGCACUAAUGAUGCACCUCUCCCAACAGUUGUCUGGCAUCAAUGCAAUCUUUUAUUACUCUACGGAUAUCUUUGCUCGGGCUGGUGUUGGUCAGCCAGUCUACGCCACAAUAGGAGUCGGGGUCAUCAACACAAUCUUCACUAUGGUGUCGGUUGCACUGGUGGACAAGGCUGGCAGGCGCACUCUGACUCUGGUUGGUUUGGGAGGGAUGUGCUGCUGUGCAAUUGCCAUGACAGUGGGGCUCAAAUUCCAGAGUGAUUACUCGUGGAUGAGCUACGUCAGCAUGUCCGGUAUCUUCCUCUUUGUGAGUUUCUUUGAAAUUGGUCCUGGUCCCAUUCCAUGGUUCAUAGUUGCUGAAUUGUUCAGCCAGGGACCUCGGCCUGCCGCCAUCGCUCUGGCUGGCUGCUGUAACUGGACCUGCAACUUCAUCAUAGGCAUGACCUUUCAAUAUAUACAGACUUGGCUGGAUUGUUAUGUGUUCAUCCUGUUUGCUGUGCUCCUUCUCGGCUUCACUGUAUUUACUUAUCUUCGGGUCCCUGAGACCAAGGGCAAAACUUUUGAGGAGAUUGCUGCUGUCUUUCACAAGGGACGAAAAAAGUCGAGACAGAGCCCUAAAGCUGCUGAACUGCAGCAGCUCAAAACAUCCACGGAUGCUUAAAACGACAGCUGUGUGUUUGCGUAGUGUGUUCUUAUGCGUGUGAAAGGUGUGUCCAUCUGUCAGUAUUUCAAAUGUCAAGUGUUUAUGUACAUUUGUCCUAUUAGUGUUAUAAUAAUUACUUAGUGUAUUAAGGAGAAAAGUAUUUUAUUAUAAUAUAUUAUAAUUUUUUUAGUAUAAUAUUAAAGUAAAUAUGAGAGCUACACAUCAUGUUUCCAUUAUAGCGUGGAGUGGUAUUUAUGUUUAAUGAAAAUGUAAACUUUUAUUACAGUAUUAUGACUUGGAACACAUGACUGUUUGUAUGUGAAAAGGGUUACUUGUUGUACCUACAGAAAAUUGUGACCUGACUCUACAGUUCACCCUAACUCUUGUUGUGGUUUCCAGGCAGGUUUUUUUGGCCCCAAUGAGCAGAUGUUUUCAGAAAAUAAGCUGUAAAAACCAAAUGCACACUACCUACCCAGCACCAAAGUCCAGGCACACAAAGUUAGCAUGUAGUUGAUGCAUAUAGUGGAGACCAAAAAACUGAGCUAUAAGGGCAGUGACUAUGGUUAAAAGUGGUGGCUAAAAACACAACUCCUUAUGAAUGCUAACAUUGCCCUGUGUCUGCUGAAUCUGUAAAUAGGCAACUGUUUCAAGUUUGCCAUGUCACUAUUGUAUUCAAAACUUGCCCCAAGUGGCCAGGAAAUCUGUUCUUGCUAUUUUACCACUUACCAACUACAGCUACUAGAACUGUGGAAUAAGUGAGAUGGGAAAUUAAACAAUAUUUGCAUUUGAAGAACCCUAAAGAGAAGAGACAGUCAAGUUAUCUUAUAUUAGUGUCUGAUGUACUGUAAUACAUCUGGAUAUUGCUGUGGAAUUCUUCCUCAUUUUCUGUCUUAAAAUGUAAUCACAAGCCCCUUCCACUGAAAAAUGUGUUUUGCUUAUCAUCACUUCACUUAAAUGUUUGACCUUCACUGUGGAGGACAAUGUAUGUGUAUGUAUGUAUAAGUUUGACACUGGAGGGGCAAGUUUCUCUGUGCUCACCUUAAAUUUGAAUUUAAGGCAUAUAUGCAGGAGUUAUACUUUCUAACAUUGCAACUAGUUUGGAAGCCAAUCAACGGCCCAAUAUUCAAUUGUGAAUGAUGUAUGCAUACACUGACUGUGAAGUAAGAGGCCUCUUGUUUCCAGCUAUUAAACUUUUGAAACAAUA